UUAAAUUGGUGCUCUCUGAUUGGUCAGAUACAGUAAAUUGUCCACAAGAGGGCGCUGGUGCAGCCCCCCCGCGGCGAGCAGGGUGUUUGAUGGAGGAGGGAACAGAAAGGUUUAUUUUGAGUUUGUCAGUCGGAUCGCGCGCGCACAGGUGACCGGAAAUCCGACGAGUCACGUGGCGGCGUUCCGAUGGGCUCGAGCAGGGAUCUGGGCUAGCAAUAAGCUGCGUUUCCGGUGUGCGCGGUGUCGGGGUUGAGCAUGCGUGCUGGGCCGGAGGAGCGCGAGCGCGUGCUGGCGGUGGUGCGCGCGCUGAAAGCGGUGGGUGUGCGCGUGAGGAGCUGGAAGAGCUUCCUGCACGGACACGAAACACCUGAGCAGGAGGCUUCACAGCAGCUCUUUGCUUUUGGUCGAGAUCUGCAGCUUCUCCCUCAGCGUCAUGUGGCUGAAGUGGACGGUUCCGUGCCGCUGUUCCUGGUGGAGGUGUGUGAGUAUUUAUCUCAGCACAUUCACACCGAGGGGAUUUUCAGGAAGACCGGUUCUCUCUGCCGCAUCCGAGCUCUCCGAAUGGACCUGGAGAAGGGGAAGCAGAUCUUCCUGGCUUCCCAUGAUGCUUUGUUGCAGCCGUAUGACGUGGCAUCGCUGCUGAAACAGUUCCUGCGUGAGCUUCCUGAGCCACUGAUCGCAGGCGAGCUGCAGGUGGCACUGUGCCACGCCCAGACUCUGGAGGCGGCUGUGAGUGAGAGAGCUACGCUGCUGCUCACGUCCCUCCUCUCCCCGGUACACGCUCACACCCUGCGCUACAUCUGCAGCUUCCUCAGACGUGUUGCGCACAGGUGUGAUGAAAACAGGAUGGAGGUGAGCAGUUUAGCUCUGGUCAUGGCUCCAAACCUGCUGCCGUGUUCACCUCAGAUGUGUCGCCUCACUGCCCUCACAGAGAAGUUGCUCGAGCAGCGAGCAGCAGCCAUCAGAACCCUGAUCUUACACGCUGAACGCAUCGGGGUCGUGCCCUCGUUCGUACUGGACACACUGGGAGUGCUGGAGAUGAGCGAAUCCGCCCCACCACGAGAGGGUACUUUAUUGAACAAGCGAGCCAGACUGGGUGUGGACAACAGCCUGCGCAGACAGAGGAGGAGGAGCGUCGGAGAAAUAUUUGUGGAUGCUUUUUCGAAACUGAAGCCUGGCAGGACGCCCACUGGCCCCCCUCUGUCCUCAGACACUUCACCAGGACCUCCGCUGUCCAGAAGUCCCACACCUCAGUCUCCAAACACAGUGAAACGCAAAGCCUCGGAGGACGGCGCUCCUGAUGCGAGUGGAUCUGCCAGAAAGAAGCGUUCGCUGCAUGACCUCAGAACCGACACGCAGUCCGUCAGCAGCCAGUCUGCAGACGAUUCGACGGGAGGUCCGAGUCCUCGGGAGGUGAAGAGCAGCGAUGAUUCACAGCGCAGUGUUUCAGAGAAGAGAACUCGAACACGAGCGCACAGGAAGUCACAUCGAGCUCCAAAGCAGGAGGAGUGUGUACGCCGCAGGAGGAGAUCACUCCGUUUCUUCUCCAUGUCGAGCAGCAGCAGUGGCAGUCCUGCUGUUGGUGUGACACUGGGCGAAGAUCCUGAAAAGUGUUUGAGCUCCUGGAAAAAACUCCACAGCAACAAAAAGACUGUGUCGAACUCGGACAGUGGCUCCUCACCGAAAAUACCGUUAAUCCUGAUCGAGGAACCGGGACGAGUUGUAAUCGGGAGUGAAGUGGACGAUGAUCCUGAGCUUCUCAACUGCAGUUUUGUGGAAAAUCCUGACGAUGCAUCGGGUUCAGAAUGUGAGGAAACGUUUCGGGGACAUCAGCAGCAGGAGAGCGAGGAAGCGCAUGACGACGACCACUGGGUUUUACUCGAUGAUGGAAAUCCAGAAGUCAUUGUGGAGUAUGAUGUGACUCAAAAGGAGAGCCAGAGACAGGAAGUGGAAAGUCCAAAGACAGGAGAUGGAGUUAAGGUGGAGGAACAGGAAACGGAGACACUUUCCAAAAUCAAGAAGAGGAAAAGCAAUUCCAAGAAGCGUUCUGGACCGCGGCGCUCCAUCAGCAUGCCUGAGGUGGCUUUAGAUCCACAUUUGGAUGAGGUAGGCGAAGUUCAGCAGGAAGUUAGAACAAACGAGACCAUGUUUAAUGAUGACGUGUGGUCCACGUCUGUCAGCCUGCCUCUCAAAAAGUCUGGAGGAAAAGGAAAGGGAGGGAGAGAGCUGAGGAGGAGAUGCGCUACGGUUCAUGAGCAGAAGGCGGCGAAAGGGUCCGAUUCGGAUCUAAAGAAGGUGAGCCUCCGGUUGUCGAUGGCUGAGAGGUUAAGGAGCUUCAGCGCUCUGGCUUCGUUUCUCCGCACACCGACGGUUCGUCUGCGCAGACAGGAAGCGCGAAGAUUCAGCCGCUCAUUCAGUGAUGAAGCUGUACAGGAGGAUCAGCAGGCCUUCCUGGAGCUCCACAAUGAACAGACAGACUCCGAGGAAGCCAACGAGGAGCUGCUUCCAGAUGAUUCAUCAAGUCCUUCUUCACCUUCUCCUCCAGAGGAUCUGACUUUGGUUGGAUCAUCACAGAAAUCUGAAGAGGAUGAAACUCCCCAAAUGAACGAGUGCGUGAUGGCCGAGACUCUGGAAGUGGAAGAAUUUGACGUGGACAAGCUGCUUGAGCAGCAAUGUUGCAUUACAGAACGUUACCACGAGCAUGAGAAAGACUCAAACUCCUCCUGGGACGUGCGGUUUGAUGGAUCUACACCACCAAGGCGGCGGAGGACGACAUUUGGUUCCCCUGCAGGCUCGUGCACUUUCACAGCUUCUAAAACCGAGCCGCUGUCUCUGCGGUACCGAAAGUCACCGUGUAAGACCUUCAGCUGCCCUUCAUUUGACAGCGUGUUUUCCAUCAGCAGUGUGAGUGAGAAGUGCUCCUUCAACCUCUCACCUCCGUCCCUCCAGUUCAGGCCUCAGGGCUCCAGGAGGCGCUAUAGAGACUCUCCACGCUGGCCUGCUCACGAAGUGCGUAUGACCACGUGGAAACCGUUACCUCUCUAACACAGUCUCGGGCUUCCUCUUGCACAGUUUCUCUGUUUUUGCUCAACUUUUAAAAUGUGUAUUUACCUCCAGAAGAUUCUCUGUCUGUCUCUCACUGAGUUACUCAUCCGUAUCUGCGUGCCUUUUAUUUUACUGUUUUACUAAAUAGAUGUGUAACAUUUUGUUUGUUCUUAAUAAAAAUGUAUUUGAUGAUGA